AUGGCGCAGGAUGGCGCACCGGAAGCACGGCGAGUGGGCGUACAGGUCCUGUACAGACUGCUGCAGUUCUUUGCCUUCACGAUCCUCCUCCAAUUCGUCGCUGGCCUGCGCCACUACAGCCUCUACGACCUCGCCUGGGUGCCCAAGGGCAUCGUCACGCUCUGGCGCUGGAUGUGGGCCGCCGUCGAUUACGUCCUACUCGACAUGGACUGGGUCCAGCCCCUGCAGCGCCUCAUCGUCGAUCACAUCUGGCCCCUGUGGCGCGACUACUGGAUCCUCGCGGCCGUGUGCACGGUCAUCUGGGAGCGCCUGCACCCGACGCUGCAGACGGACUACGACAUCUACGCGCCCCCGAUUGAGGACGAUGACUAGGCGGCGCUAGCGUGGGCGCUCGGUUGACUGUGGCACAGCUCAAGGUUAUCUACGUUACAGCUCGCCCGUUAGUAUGUCACUGAUUAGGAAAGAUGCGUCAGUACCUUUGGUUGUGCUGAAAGCCAGUUGCCACUCGCGUGUUGAUUGGGGAUCCUGGACAGAACACUGGGGUACCUCAGCCUUGCAUGUGCUGAGCCCUUAGCGGUUGCGAUUGGCAGCUUGAUUGUCGAGCCAGGCCUUUGCCAGAUCGAAUCAAGCCUUCGGUGCAAGGGGCUUUAGAAUCUUGCUGGCUGCGCUUUUGAAGCAUCAUCACUAUAUGCUCGUCAAGCGGACCUGACCAAUUCUGGGAUGUUCUACUCAUUGCACAGUGGUAGGCGCAGUUUUUGGCCUGAUGGUCUCUACAAAAACGUGCACUUCGCUUAUAAUUCACGGCUGGGUGUUUCGAAGCAUCACAACAUGCGGU